AUGUCCUCAACUUCCGAUGCUUCCUGGGAAGUUUCUUUCCUUCAGGUUCAGACCACCACAGCAGAUGCUGUCACGGAUACUCUCUAUGCCAAUGGCCACAUGCAGGUUCCUGUUGUUGUUGUUAUCAAAGCCAUUGAUCCUGAGUCGGCUGCAACAUAUAAGCUGAAGGAUUCAGACCUCGAGAAAAUAAAAUUGGCCACAGAAAACGAAUUCGACCACGCAUUGCCAACCUCGAGAAAAGAGCCCCAAACGGACUUAUCCCUUGCGGAUGGGGACCCUCAAAGAAAGCGCUACUGGGUGACAACGACAAAGAUCGAAAACAAAAGGAUUGGAGCCAGUAUUGAACAGCCUGAUGGUACUGUUGUACAUACAGCGAGUGCAGGCUUUGAUUCCAAAGUCACUCUCCGGAGUAUAGACCCAGUGGAAUAUACAAUGAAUGACUUGAAUAUUGAACAAGAGGAUACCGCCGAUGGCAAUUUUUAUUCUCCGAACUAUCACUGGUACUGGGAUCAAGACAAUUACUAUCUCACCAGCAAGAUAUACGAUUUCCGAAAGGUUAAACUGUAUGGUUAUGAUGGUGGCACUGAUCCAUACCUGAAAUAUUCCACCGGCUUCUUUUCGGUGCACGAGCCUUGCAACAUCUUCUAUUAUUGGCUGAUGGGCUCCAAGGAGACGCUUACAGUGGGGAGGGGACUUAUGACAACUGAGAUUACGAUAAAUCAAAGAGCCAACGCCAUGUGCUGUACCCGUAUGCGGUUCGAAGGGGCAAAUCCAUGGAAAGAGCAUCAUUGGUGGGAGGGUAAAUUUACCAUCUACGACAAAUUUGGCAAUUCGGGCAUUUUUUUCAUGGGCUAUGAUGAAGAUCGUAAUCAGCUGCAGAUCUCAACUAAAGGAUAUGAGGGUUGA